ACAGGAUAACAAUGUGCUUGCUUCAUGAAGAGUUUGACAGACGGUCGAUUGACAUCAGCCCACGCUAUAGGCAGGUGAUACACAGAGCAAGCCGCUCUCUACCGGAGAUCACGUUAGACAGUCUAUCAAUUCCAAAUAAAAAGUGACGUGAGGGGGAAAGUUAAUUAAGUCCGAACAAUGGAACGUUCUAAACAGAAGCAACUAAAUCAAAGCGAAAUGCAAGUAACCGGUACGAACGAUGGUUCUGUAAACGGACAUUUUGAAGGGAUGGUGAAAAUCACGAACCGGCCCGGUGGACCUCAAGGGGUUCCCGGGGAUACGAAUUCUCAGACGUCUUCGGUGAUGGAGAGCUGGAAAGAAGAGCGCACUCGAAGUAUGGAAGACAAUGAAAUAAGCUUGCCACGUCUUGCCGCUGCAUAUACCACGAUUCUCAGAGGUCUGGGAGAAGAUCCUCAAAGACAGGGUCUCCUCAAAACUCCAUGGAGAGCUGCCACGGCUAUGCAGUUCUUCACCAAAGGCUAUCAGGAGAAAAUAAUUGAUGUGUUAAAUGAUGCCAUUUUCGACGAGGACCAUGACGAAAUGGUGAUAGUGAAGGACAUCGACAUGUUCUCCAUGUGCGAGCACCACCUCGUACCCAUCUUCGGCAGGGUGCACAUAGGCUACCUCCCCAACAAGAGAGUUCUGGGCCUCAGUAAACUGGCCAGGAUUGUUGAAAUUUACAGCAGGAGAUUACAAGUUCAGGAAAGGCUGACUAAACAAAUUGCAGUUGCCAUCACCGAGGCCUUGCAACCUGCUGGAGUCGGUGUCGUUGUAGAAGCCACUCACAUGUGUAUGGUCAUGAGAGGGGUGCAGAAGAUGAACAGCAAGACUGUGACCAGCACCAUGCUGGGCGUGUUCCGCGAGGACCCCAAAACACGGGAUGAGUUCCUCACCCUCAUCAGGAGCUGAGGGGUCCCACCGUGGAAACGGUCCCGCCUCUCCGUGUUCGACGUCCUGCCUAGCCCCUCUCCCUGGGAAACCGAUUGCGCCCGUUGUAGCCCACCAGUCACUGUAUUUGCCAUUGCCUAUGCCUCUCUUUCUCCUUGUUUAAAGUGUAAAACCCACUGGAGUAACUGUCUGUUCCAGAGCAUAUUCAUACGUGAGGUCGUCUAAAUUGUCCUUAGUGAGAAACAUCUGGGGGGAAAAAUAGCGGGUAGAAAUGGGUGAAGCAGUAAGUGGCCGGCUGUGUAACUUCACAGCCUUUGAUUUAAUUCUAAACGCACUUUCAAUAGUGAACGAAUCAUGCAUAUCUUCUUGCAUCUUCAUGGUACACAUACAGAAACCUCAUUUUAUAUGUAGUUUUUUCAGAUGUGAUGAUAAUGAAUAGAGACAAUUAGUGUCAAUUUCAAAGGGUUUAUUUAAUUUAACUGAGAAGUGAAAAGCCAAAAAGAAUGACUUGUUCUUUGCUCUUGGACUUUUUAAACAGGAAAAUACUAGGUGAUUACUUAAACAAUUAUUAAUUACUGUAAUCACAAAAUACACCUAUUUAAUGGUUGCUUACAGGUGACAGACUUUUAGUUUUAGCUUUUUAAUGUCCCCAUUGUUGUCAGAACUUAUGUAUAAAACAAAGUAGGUAAUGACUAGGAUUCAUUUAACCUACUUUACUGCACUACAUUCCUACGGUAAAGAUUUUGUUGCAAUUUUUUACAGAUAUUUAUCUACAAAGUGUUCAUUUGCAGCUUGUUUGCCACUGACCCAAAGUUUACUAAAUAUAAACUCACCGAAAAAGCACAGGGUGCUCUUUCACAUUUUAUCAGUGAAAUGUCCUUUAACACGAGGAUACAUACUCUCAUCAUAUCUCACUCAAUAGUGUUAUAUCUUUUAUUUGCCAUUUCCAAACUUGAAGAGAUCUGUCAUGGUUUGAACACCAUAUUCCUGAAGUCAUUGGCUUUUCUGUUAAAGUGUGCAAGGUUUCAUACACUUUAGAUUUAACGUUUUAAGUAUUUUAAUGAUUUAUACCUAAUGAAUUACAAACACCGUAUUUUGCAUCCUAUUCACAAAACAAGAUGGCUUCCUGAAAGGGGACAUCUUGUAAAACAAUUGCCGUUGCUAUAUGCUACAACUGUAUGGUGUU